AUGACCAUUCAUACUCUCCUGGCGAAGUUGGGGAAGGGAUUACUUAACAUUGCGCAAAUGAUAACCUCAGACAGGAACCACGAACGUAUCACGAACGAGGCUAGAGCCUUGAAACUUGUUUCGCAGGAGACUAGUAUACCUGCUCCACGCCUACUCGACCACGGAUCGCAUCCAGACGGACGCCGGUAUUUGAUUACAGAGUACAUUGAGGGUCCCACUCUCAGCUCGUUUUCUCGUAGAAGUUGCUCAAUGCCAGAAGGGAAGAAGCAUACGACCGCAACGCCGUGCCAAACAUGUUCAGACACAGCUCAUUCUAAUGCUGUGCAUUUUAUCUUGCACACAGUCCUUCCCCAGCUCACGAAGUUGACAUCCCGCACCCGUGGCAUUGAUGGUUUUGUUAUGCCACCCAGUUGGCUGAGCCCUGAUGCUCAACCUCCGUGGAUAGGAAAGCAGUCCUGGAGCACUCUACCUCUAGAGCAACCUGAAUAUGUUUUCCAACACGGUGACCUUGCGGCUCAUAACAUCAUCAUGGACCGAGUUACACUACAGGCUAAGGCUCUGAUAGACUGGGAGUAUGCAGGGUUUUACCCAGCGGGAAUGGAAAAUUGGACUGGGACGCUGGACCGCGAUGUGUACAGUGCGCGGAGUGACGAUACAGCCCAUUUGAUACAGCGCUUCCUCGCCGUUGAGUACGCCGAAUGCUGUCAUAAUUGGGGUGACAAGGCAGAAUUACACGAGUUAAUUGAACUUGGGAAACUUCCGCAACCAGAUCAAAUCAGGCAGAACAAAACAGAACAGAAGAAUAGCUGA